CUCGCGUGCGUGCUGCCGUAGCUAGCUAUGCAACUUCGAGCAGGUAUGUCCCUCCUCUCCCCGGGAGGGAGGCUGACGCUCCGCCGGCCUGCCGUGGCGCCGGCGGCGGCGGCGACCGCGAGGAGCAGCCGAGCCUUGCUGGGCACGAAGGCCAAGCAAACGGCCGGCGAUGGUAGCGGGUUUGAGAUGCCUUUCAAAUCCGUUUUGGCGGCGAACAGAGGGGAGAUCGCCGUGAGGAUCAUGCGGGCGGGCAACGAGCUCGGGCUCAGGACGGUGGGAAUCUUCAGCAAGGAGGACCGGUUCACGCAGCACAGGCGCCCACCCUGUUAG